AUGGUCUACAAGCACAAGCACAACAAGAAGGCGCGGAGCAUCGCAGCGCGCAAGCUUCAAAAGGCAGCCGAAGUUGCUGCUGCUGCUGCUGCUGCUGCUACACUCGUACCUGUUGGCGGAGAUGGUGAAAGCGCCACGGCAGGGUACUGCGAUGCCGGCCUCUCUUCAACACUGUCGACCGGCGGCAUGGCUACCUCCUGUGCGCCUGUGACCAUCAACUGCAAGUACGGCACUGCUGCUGCUGCUGAGUCACUCACAGACGCAAACAUGGGAGCAGCAGACGCAGAAGAAAUGUUCCAGGAAAAGCAGAGCAAGACACGGCAGCAGCAGCAGCCAGGAACUUCUGGCGACCGGUCCUGUUCGGACACGUCAGGCCUCCUGUACUCUGCCCCACCCACUCCGGCCGACUGGGCCCGCUUGAGUGUAGCGAACGGUCCUGCUGGGCUUCCAUCGGUGCUGGCGGCCACCCACCUGCCAUGCAUCCCCGGUAUCACUCCCUGCAGUCCUCGAUCGGGGGCGGAUGGGGGCGGCGAGGGUCAAUAUGUCGCCUACCUUCUCUCCGAACAGCUGAGUAACGGCACAACGAUGCCAGUGACCAUGUGGGGAGUCUACUCCCUACGCGAUGGAGACUGUCUGCAGGUGGUGCACUGGCAUCACAGCCCUGUCGCACAGGAGUCACCUCUCACGAACGUCGGCCUGCACCCGCCUCCUACUUCCUCCAAUGCGCAACAGACGAGAGAGCUCAUCAUGCGUGUCGAUGCCGCCGGUUUGUGCUUCAUGCUUGCACCCUCCUCGCUGGUUUCCAUGGAUGGAAGUGGCGCAGCCGGAUGCAUGACGCUGAACUCGGUCUGCUCAGACCCCGACACCGCCGACGAUGCUGCUGCUGCUGAGUCAGCGGACGUCUACUGGCUUAUCCCCUCCGUAAUGAAGGAGAGCUUUUUUGCUCUUCUCCAGGCCCGAGAGUGGCUGCGCACGGCACCGCUUUGCCACCCAGUCUCCGAAGCAUGCACCCGCAGCCUUGAGUGCCAAGGCUGGUUUGUUCAGCCCCACCCAACGCGGUGGGCGAGUGCGGCGUCGUCUGCAGAGGCAACUGUGACCGUGGCGCGUGAGCAGCACAAGUCUUCAUCGCCGGCAACCGCCACACUGCCGCUGCCAAAGCGAAAAACGAAGAAGGCAAAGCGGGAACGUCGACAACCGUCGCCACGCGCACAGCCGCCGCAGUGCAAGGAGAGCACCGCGAGCACCACCUCGGCGACUAAUGGCACAGCCUCGACGUCGCCGUUUCAGUACCUUAUUCCGUACGUGGCGGCCGUGCAGCAACCUCAGAAAGGCCUCAGGGGUGUACCCGAGUCCCACUUGCCGUCAGCAGCAGUGCCAGCAGCCACUGCCACACCGGUGGUUCUCCUCAUCGGUAAUCGCAUCGCCUCAUACCCGGCUGGCGAGGUGUGUAGCCCAAGGAUGUGA